AUUUCUCACCAUCUCUUUUACUAUCUCUUAAUUAGCUUCUUGCAUUUUCUUGUUGAGUUUUCACUUUUAGUAAUCCUUAAAGAAAAUGGAGUUUACCCUUAAUUACAAAAAUAUUAUGCUUCCUUUAAUUAUGAUGCUAUUGUUUGUUUAUCUUGGCUACGGUCAAGAUUAUACAUGCUCUAGAGCUACCUAUUAUGGUAGUCCCGAUUGUCUAGGAAAUCCAACUGGAGCAUGUGGAUAUGGAGAAUAUGGGAGAACUGUUAAUAAUGGAUAUGUUGCUGGAGUCCACAGACCAUAUAGAAACGGGACUGGAUGUGGUGGUUGCUAUCAGGUACGGUGCAAGACAGGCGAUUGCACAGACGACGGGGUUGUAGUAGUGGCAACGGAUUUUGGGGUGGGUGAUUGGACCGAUUUCCUUUUUACGGCCAAGGCCUAUGCUAAGAUGGCCCGGCCCGGUUUAGAAGCCCAGCUACUCUCGUACGGUGUCGUCGACAUAGAAUACCGUAGAGUCCCUUGUACCUUCCGAGGUUCGAACCUCAUCGUUACCGUACACGAAGGCACCAAAUACCCUUACUACUUUGCUAUUACUAUUGUGUAUCCUAUGGGUCUCUACGAUGUUGUUGGUGUUCAAAUUUGGCAGGAGGACUGCCAGGAAUGGAGGCCCAUGAGAAAGCCCUUUGGUGCAGUUUGGGACAUGGAAAAUCCACCAAGAGGAGGAGGAGCAUAUCGUAUUAGAUUCUUGCUUAGUAUUAGUGGUAGUACUAAUGAUGCCACGUGGGUUGAGUCACCCACUCCUAUUCCUGCUUAUUGGAAAGCUGGGGCUAAUUAUGAACUUACCAUUAAACUCUAAUUAUUAUUAUUAGUGCUAGUAUUAGCUCUACUUAAUAAUGUAUGAACCAUUUUUAUUGGUUGUCGUUGCCACUUUAAUUAUCUUUAAAAACUUGUUUAGUGAUUAAAUAAGAUUAUGGAUUAUCGUUUAUGUUUAUUAAUAAAAUUAUAUUUUAUA